AAGUCGAUAAUAUUCCAAAUGUUUUUCUCAAUCUGUCCUGUUGGUACAACCUCAAACACGGCAAUAAUUAACCAUUUUCCUUGACGACGUUCGGGAUUUACAUCAGUGCCUGUGCUGUGUUGUGAUGCGGAGUGCCUCCAAUAUGGCGACUUCCGCUCUGAUGACGCGUCGUGAAAACCCUCUAUAUUGAGACGUUUAGGUUACGCAGAGAUGUAUUGUAAUGAGGUAAGGUUUAGGGCAGGUUUCUUCUGUUUUCGCUGCAUGAAUUUCUACAAAGUGUGGAUGGUUGAAGCUGCAUUGGCCUCGUGUUAAAUACCCUCAGCACAGUCAUUUAACAAUCGAUAGAGAGGAUAAAUUUCAGACGCGGCUCUCAAACGCUUCUCUCGCCAUCAGACUCGACCCGCAUCGGUCGGCGGCCUUCCAAAUAUGAAGGCGUUAUAUACGAGUUCUCACUGAUGGGCUGAUGUGUGGUUUUGUAGGGGCCGGGAUCUCUCUGCCCAACCACAAUGACCUUGUGCAGAUUGGCCUGUGUCUGGUCUGAGCCUUUAUCUUUCUCCCUCUGCACUCUGAGUAUCGAUGCAGCAGCAUCAAGUCCCAACGUGCCGUGCCCAGGGUCCCACCAGCCCCUCCCCUCCCCGAGCGGCGCUGCACACUCACGGCCUAAGAUCCGUCUCUUCUCCUGGAUGGAGACGUUCUUCCGUUACACCUCGUGUUACCACCUUCCCGUGUCCCGGGUGCCAGCAUGACAUCGAUCUUGGGGAACGAGGGAUCAGCAUGCUCUUCCGCAACUUCACACUGGAGAGCAUCGUUGAGCGCUACAGACAGGCGGCCCGUGCGGCGGUGGCCAUUAUGUGCAACAUGUGUAAACCGCCUGUUCAAGAGGCCACCAAAAGCUGCAUGGACUGCAAGGCCAGCUACUGCAACGAAUGCUUCAAGAUGCACCACCCGUGGGGAACGCCUAAAGCCCAGCACGAGUACGUGGGGCCCACCGCCAACUUCAGACCAAAGGUGUUAAUGUGCCCUGAACACGAGAUGGAGAAAGUCAACAUGUACUGUGAGGUGUGUCGACGGCCGGUGUGUCACCUUUGUAAGCUGGGCGGAUCUCACGCUAAUCACAAAGUCACUUCCAUGAGCAGCGCCUACAAGAUCCUUAAGGAGAAGCUGUCGAAGAGUAUCCAUUACUUAAUAAGCAAAGAGGACCAAGUGAGGGUUCAGAUUUCUGAGCUGGAGCUGUUGAUUCAUCAAACUGAGGAAAGCGGACAGCUCGCAGAGCGAAGCGCCAACGAAUGCUUCGAACGACUCUUCGAGAUCCUUCAAGAAAGAAAAAGCGAGAUGUUGCGUUCCAUCGAGCAGUCGAGGACCCAGCGUGUGGAGCGUCUGCGUGCUCAGGUGGAGGGCUAUCAGGGGAUGCUGGAGAACAGCGGUUUGGUGGGCUACGCACAGGAAGUUCUCAAGGAGACCGAUCAGUCCUGCUUCGUUCAGACAGCUAAACAGCUUCACGUCAGGAUUCAGAAAGCCACAGAGUCACUGAGGACGUUCCAGCCGGCGGCGAACACAUCGUUUCAUGAGUUUCUGAUGGACACGACCGGGCCAGAAACCUCACUGAAGGAGCUCAGCUUUGGGGGUGUUCCUGACCCUCCUGUGAUCGAUCUGUCCCGUUCACGCGUUUACAAUGAAGGUCUGAUCCACUGGAGGACGUCUGAAGACGCUGUGCCAUCAGACCGCUACGUUGUAGAGUUUAAAAGGUUGAGCGGUGAGAACGGAGAGCCGGACUGCUGGAGGACGUCUGAGCGCGUGUAUGGCAGCAGUACGGUCGUCUCUGAUCUCGACAGCGACAGCCAAUACGUCUUCAGAGUUAAGGUCUGUCGUAAUGACGUCUUCAGCCCGUGUGGUCCUGAGGUGAUUUUUCACACCCCUCCGGCGCCAGUGUUUGGCUUUCUGUUUAACGAGAGAUGUGGAUUCAGUGCUGAGCGACUGCAACUGAGCAAACAGAGGGAUUCGGUGGAGAGCGCAGCCGGAAUGACUUUACUUCUGGCUGCUGAACGCGUGCAGACAGGAAGUUACAUCUGUCUUGACUACAUCACUGGAGAUACGGGCAUCACGCAUGGGCGCCAUUACUGGGCAUUCCGUGUAGAUCCCAAUUCAUACAUGGUGAAAGUGGGAGUGGCAUCUGACUCCAAAUUAACAGAGUGGUUUCAUAAUCCCCGCGAAACCAGCAGUCCCCGGUACGAUCAUGACAGCGGCCAUGACAGCGGAAGCGAGGACACCUGCUUGGAGACUUCACAACCCUUCACUUUGCUCACUGUGGGCAUGGGGAGGAUUUUUAUUCCCAAAGCCUCAAUCACUGCUUCCUCAGGGGACCCGGGCAACCGCGUCCUCCCCAUGCCUCAGAGAAUUGGAGUUUGCCUGGACUACGAUGCUGGCCGUGUCUUUUUCUAUGAUGCUGACACAAUGCGGUGCCUGUUUGAGAGACAAGUGGAAUGUUCUGGUACCAUGUACCCGGCGUUUGGGCUCUUGGGCGGUGGGGCAAUUCAUCUGGAGGAGUUUAUCACAGCCAAGCGGUUGUCAUACAUGUGAAAGUGUGUUUCGAAUGCUGCUUUCAUGUUUCCAGGCAAUCGUUAUGCGGUCGGUGAGUCUGAUCUUCAAGCUGAGUUCAACUUGAGACCCACGUGCCUUCGACAACAUCAGCCAUCAGGUUUUACUAAAACGCAUGCAACGCAGGGGCACUUUAAUACACAGUCACCUAAAGCAACGCCUCACGUUGACACAUUCUAAAUUGUGUGCACGUACACCAUUUUUAUUUUUUCAUAGUUUACAUUGAGUUAAAUGAUCUUUAAAACAAGGGUUUCAACAUUUUUACACUGUAUGACAAAUCACAUCUGAACCUGACGGUUGAGUCGUGCACUAUUUAACUUUUCUUCUUAUUUUGUUAUGAAUGUAGCAGCACCUGCGACACUAAGCAUUAUUACACCGUUAAAUGUUUCAAACUCCUGUGUUCAAAAUGUUUUACUUCAUGUUUUCUGAAGUGAAAAUUUGGUGCUCAGCGUAACCAAAAUCUGAUUUAUGAUGGGCAAGUUAUAACACCUUUACUAUGCACUGUCUUUGACAUGGCUGAUAUCUUGACUUACCUUAACUAAUAUGGCCUUACUGAAUAACUACAGACAGAUUGCUGGCUAGAAAGAGAGUUUUAGUCAUUCAUUCAUUCAUGGUGACAGGAAGUGGAUCCGCAGACACGGCGUCUAUGGCUUUUACGCUACCUCUUAUUUAAAUCUUUGAUUAAUCAAAAGUAUUUUGUGGUGUUGUACUGUACUUGUAGGCUACUACUAGACUUGUUUUAUUUUGCACUCCUUUGGAGAAGACAUCAUUGAUGGUGAUGUGGUUGAUUACUGAAGAUCUGCAACAUUUUAAGGACACAUCAUACUACUGAUGAGUUGGACAUUUAUUUCCCUCUCGGUUAAUCUCAUGAAUUAUUUUUAGCAGUAAAAGCAAUGUAAUCCUAUAAAUAGACAUUCAUAAACGUGGUCACACUAUGUCUGUAGUUUAUGAGCAACCAUGACCACUUUAAAUAAUUACGGUUAUACAUGUGUGAAAAAAGUGAUGCAUAAUAUCUGUGUGGUGUUUCCAAAUCUACUGCUGAACUCUGUGUGAAUAACUGUAAUAUUUAGUUGUUCACCUUGAGAAUGCUUGCACUGGAUGUUUUUUGGGUUUGUGAUUGAACAUUAAUGUUUUGGGAACCUGUAACCAAAUGCUUUGUGUGUUUCUUGUAAAUGUUCGACUGAGUCUCCGAUGAAUUGUUGCGAUUUGUAGCGUAUGAGUAUGACAGUGAUCUGAAGUCAAUAGUUAAAGGAAAACUUGAUUAUUCACUUGUAAAUUAACCACUUUAGUUCUCAAGCGUGCACUUUAAAGCAUGUAAGCUCGUGGGCUUGAUGCAAGUAGACUUAAAGAAGUGUGUAAUGUCAUUUUAAACAUGCUGGCGCUAAAUAUGAUGCUUUAAUGGAAAUAAGAUAAUUGUCACCUGUCUUGAUGAUUUUAUUUUGAAUGUAGUGUGUUUUUGUUUUCGAUUAAAAAUAAAUGACUGUCCUUUUA